GCACACAGACAGUGCACAGGCAGGUAGUCAGCCAGGAAAGUAAUUCGACAGAAACCGACAGAGCAGUCCACACGUCACCUCCCUGGGCUGGGGCUCGGUGAGGGGCUGGGACUGAUCUGACGCUGCUCCCGGACUCAUUGCAGUGGAAGGUACGGGAGAGGCGGGUGGAGGCAUGGAAAUCCAUGCAUGGCUCUGUCUCCUUUCACAUCAGCAUUAUCAAAGCCAACGUGACUGCGCUGUUCGUGUUUGUGCAAUGAAGCACAGUUAGGUUCUUGUGUAAACACAAAAUCAAAGAAGAGGAGGCCUUUCACAGUUAAUGCACUGAUGGCUCCAGAGUGACAUGCCAUGGCUUUAAUGAUCCCCCCGGUAAAACUGAAAUGGCUGGAGCACCUAAACAGCUCAUGGAUCACGGAAGACAGCGAGUCAAUAGCCACACGGGAGGGAGUUUCGGUGCUCUACUCAAAGCUGCUAGCCAACAAAGAGGCUGUGCUGCUCCCACAGCAAGUGCUUUGUCUGAAGGGUCCCCAGCUGCCAGACUUUGAGCGUGAAUCCCUCUCCAGCGAUGAGCAGGAACACUACCUUGAUGCUCUGCUCAGCAGCCAGCUGGCCUUGGCCAAGAUGGUCUGCUCUGACUCUCCUUUCGCUGCUGCCCUGCGUAAACGUGUGCUGGUGCUCCAGCGCAUCUUCUACGCACUUUCCAACAAGUACCAUGAUAAGGGAAAGGUCAAGCAGCAGCAGCACUCACCAGAGAACAACUCUGGCUCCACAGACCUGCACUCUGUCAGUGAGCGGCCGCGCUCCAGCACCGACGCGCUCAUUGAGAUGGGGGUCCGCACAGGCCUCAGCCUCCUCUUUGCAUUGCUGCGGCAGAGCUGGAUGAUGCCCCCUCCUCCCACUUCUGGUGUUCCAGGUGGCAGCAUAAACUUGUGCAAUGAUGUCAUUCACACAGCCAUCGAUGUGGUUAGCUCCUUGCCGCCCCUCUCUCUGGCCAAUGAGAGCAAGAUCCCACCAAUGGGUCUGGACUGCUUGGCCCAGGUCACCACUUUUCUUAAGGGAGUGACCAUGCCAAACUCUGGGGCAGAUAUUUUGGGGCGGCGGCUCGCCUCAGAGUUGCUGCUAGGUCUGGCUUCACAGCGGGGGUCGCUGCGUUACCUGCUGGAGUGGAUUGAGAUGGCUUUGGCCGCUUCAGCUGUGGUCAGUACUAUGGAGCAGUGUCAGGUGCUGCAGAACCAAGAAGGCCUCAUCGGCUAUGAUUGUUUCAUGAACAUUCUCAUGCAGAUGAGACGCUCUUUGGGCUCCUCAGCAGAUCGCAGCCAGUGGAGGGAACCAACACGCACCUCUGACGGACUGUGCUCAUUAUAUGAAGCAGCACUUUGUCUGUUUGAAGAAGUGUGCAGAAUGGCAUCAGACUACUCUCGCACCUGUGUCAGCCCGGACAGCAUUCAGACCGGAGAGGCCCCCAUGGUGUCGGAGACCUGUGAGGUGUAUGUGUGGGGCAGUAACAGCAGUCAUCAGCUGGUAGAGGGCACACAGGAGAAGAUUCUGCAGCCCAAGCUGGCCCCCAGCUUCGCUGAUGCACAGACAAUUGAGGCAGGUCAGUACUGCACUUUUGUUAUCUCUUCUGACGGUUCUGUUCGGGCCUGCGGGAAGGGAAGCUACGGUCGUUUGGGUCUGGGAGAUUCAAACAAUCAAUCAACUCUUAAGAAACUGACCUUUGAACCCCACCGUGCAAUCAAGAAGGUGUCGUCAUCCAAGGGCUCGGACGGUCAUACACUGGCCUUCACUACUGAGGGUGAGGUGUUCAGUUGGGGUGACGGCGAUUAUGGCAAACUGGGUCAUGGGAACAGCUCGACUCAAAAGUACCCCAAACUGAUCCAGGGGCCUCUACAAGGAAAGGUGGUGGUGUGUGUGUCUGCCGGCUACAGACACAGUGCCGCAGUCAGUGAGGAUGGAGAGCUGUACACGUGGGGAGAGGGAGAUUUCGGAAGAUUGGGACAUGGUGACAGCAACAGUCGAAACAUUCCUACACUUGUUAAAGACAUCAGCAAUGUUGGAGAGGUGUCCUGUGGUAGCUCCCAUACGAUUGCAUUGUCAAAAGAUGGGCGCACUGUGUGGUCCUUUGGUGGAGGAGACAAUGGAAAACUAGGUCAUGGUGAUACUAAUCGGGUCUACAAGCCCAAAUUGGUGGAAGCCCUGCAAGGAAUGUUCAUCAGGAAAGUGUGUGCAGGAAGCCAGUCAUCACUUGCCUUAACGUCUACUGGACAGGUGUAUGCUUGGGGCUGUGGUGCUUGCCUGGGAUGUGGAUCUUCUGAGGCCACAGCACUGAGACCCAAACUAAUUGAGGAGUUGGCCACCACCAGAGUGGUAGAUAUCUCCAUCGGGGACAGUCACUGCCUGGCUCUGUCACAUGAUAAUGAAGUGUAUGCAUGGGGGAACAACUCCAUGGGCCAGUGUGGUCAAGGGAAUUCCACAGGGCCAAUCACUAAACCCAAGAAGGUCGUGGGUCUGGAUGGAGUGGCCAUUCAGCAGAUUUCAGCUGGUACCUCUCACAGUCUGGCCUGGACUGCUCUGCCCAGAGACAGGCAAGUGGUGGCUUGGCAUCGACCCUACUGUGUUGACUUAGAAGAAAGCACCUUCUCCCAUUUGCGCUCCUUCCUUGAGCGUUACUGUGAUGGCAUCAAUAGUGAAGUUCCGCCUCUUCCCUUCCCCUCAUCCAGGGAACAUCAUAACUUCCUCAAGUUGUGCCUUCGGCUUUUGUCCAAUCAUCUGGCUCUGGCUUUAGCGGGAGGCGUUGCCACCAGUAUUUUGGGUCGGCAGGCCAGGCCCCUCAGGAACCUGCUCUUCAGACUGAUGGACUCCUCUGUACCAGAUGAGAUUCAAGAGGCUGUGAUUGAGACUCUGUCUGUGGGAGCCACCAUGCUGCUGCCUCCACUGAGAGAGAGGAUGGAGCUGCUCCACUCUCUGCUGCCACAGGGUCCUGACAGAUGGGAGAGUCUCUCCAAAGGACAGAGGAUGCAGCUAGACAUUAUCCUGACCAGUCUACAGGACCACACCCAUGUGGCCUCACUCCUUGGAUACAGCUCUCCUGCUGAUGGACCUGAAGUCCUUUCUUCUGGUCCAGGAUUUACAGCUUCCCCAGAUCCCAACUACAGUAGCCCAGCCAGCCAUCCUGACACUCACCUAGCUGAGAUCCUUAUGAAGACCCUGCUCAGGAACCUGGGCUUUUACACAGAUCAAGCAUUUGGGGAACUAGAGAAGAACAGCGAUAAACUGCAGCAAGGCAUGUCGUCUUCUGACAGCAGCCAGCCAGCUCACCUCCAUCAGCUCCUCUGCUCUCUGCAAAAGCAGCUGUUAGCAUACUGCCACAUUAACUCUGUCACUGAGAACUCCAGCAGCGUGGCUCUGCUCCACAAACAUCUGCAGCUCUUGCUGCCUCAUGCCACAGAUAUUUUCUCCCGCUCAGCCACAUUGAUUAAAGAGAGUUCUUGGAAUGGCAGCAUCCGAGAGAAGCUGCAAGAUGUGAUCUACGUGUCAGCAGCAGGCAGUAUGCUGUGUCAAAUCAUCAACUCUUUGCUGCUGCUUCCUGUGUCAGUGGCCCGGCCUCUGCUGAGCCACCUGCUGGACCUUUUACCCCCUCUAGAUCGUCUUAACAGACUGCUGCCUGCAGCAUCCCCUCUGGAGGACCAGGAGCUGCAGUGGCCUCUUCACGCAGGUACGUCAGACUUUGCUGAGCCAGCUUCAGGCAUGUCACUGCCACAGCCAGCAAUGUCCUGGGUGUGGCUUGUGGACUUGGAGAGGACUGUGGCUCUGCUUGUUGGCCGUUGCCUUGGGGGGAUGUUGCAGGGAGCCCCCACCUCACUAGAGGAACAGGAUACUGCCUACUGGCUCAAAACCCCCCUCUUCAGUAAUGGCUUAGAGAUGGACAUCCCCCAGCUAGACACCUGCAUCAGCUCAUUAUUGGAGGCAGCUCUGUCUGGUAAUGAAGAGCAGAAGCCCUUUGAUUGCACAUUGCGUCCAGACUUGAGCGUCCUGGUAGAUCUGGCUUUGGGCUCCUCUAAAGAACCUGCAAACAGCCUCUGGAUCAACAUUCAGGAUUAUGCCAUCAGCAAAGACUGGGACAAUGCAUCUCUCAGUAAUGAGUCCCUGUUGGACACGGUGUCCAGGUUUGUUUUGGCAGCAUUACUAAAGCACACAGGUCUACUAGGACAAGCCUGCGGAGAAGGAAGAUACCAGCCAUCUAAAUCACUAGCAGAGGUCUAUCGCAAUGUUUACAAAGUACGGAAUCGCUUGCUGGCCUGUAAGAAUAUGGAUUUCAUCCAGACACGAUCCUCUUCACGAGAGAGGAGGAUUUCAGACAAUCAGGAUUCUCUGGACAUGGACCCUCAGGAGCACUCAUUCACACGCACCAUCGAUGAGGAGGCUGAACUAGAAGAGAGGGCAGAUCGAGAAAGAGAGGAGGGCCAUCAGGAACAAGAUGAUGAGGAGGAAGACAGGGAACAUGAAGUCAUGACAGCAGGGAAAAUCUUUCAAUGUUUCCUCUCAGCGCGGGAGGUAGCUCGCAGUCGAGGAAGAGAGCGGGCUAGCAGCAGCACCGGACUGGGCUCCGGAUCCUUGUCCAGGACUGGAGGAGGUGGCGGUGGUGGAGGAGGAGAAGAUGACAGCAUUUUGUCUCAGGAAGGGAGGAGGGUCAGCACUGGUCUUCCAGAGGGUCAAGACCUGUAUACAGCAGCCUGUAACUCUGUGAUUCACCGCUGUGCUCUGCUGGUUCUUGGGGUCAGUCCUGUUCUGGGAGAACUGACCAAGCAGAACCAUGAGGACAGCCAGACCCAGUCUGCUACAGGAACACAGGAAUGUUUGAGCUUCAUGACGAGGAGUGAGAGUCUGAGUGCAGAGAGUCGUUCAGUGCAGAGCAGCCCCAGCUACAGACUGAUGAAGUCCAGAAGCGAGUCUGACCUCUCCCAGCCUGAGUCAGAUGAAGAGGGCUACACUCUGAGUGGUAGAAGAAAUGUUGACCUGGAUUUGGCAUUCUCUCACAAAAAGAGAGGCCUUCUUCACAGCUCACCGGACUCUCUGGCUGAGUCUUGGUUCCGGGCCAAACUCAGUCGCCAGCGGAGCUACAGCUCAGCUUAUUCCUAUGAGGAGUCAGAUCUUGAUUUGAGCCGCUCACUGGGGAUUCAUGCCCUCAUUGACAACAUGGUCAGCUUCAUCAGUGGUGAUGUGGGUCUAGCUCCCGCCUUCAGGGAACCCGAAGAAAGCAUGUCCACUAGCCCACAGGCAACCAUUCUAGCAAUGGAACAGCAGCAGAGCAGAGCAGAGCUGCGGUUGGAGGCGCUCCAUCAGAUCGUAGUGCUGAUCUCUGGGAUGGAGGAGAAGGGCAGUCAGCCUGGAAAUGCAGAUCGGUCCAGCAGUGCAUUCCAGUCCUCAUCCCUGCUCACCUCCGUCAGGUUGCAGUUCCUGGCUGGUUGUUUUGGUCUCGGUACCGUGGGCACCGGAGGGCUGAAGAGAGAGAGUGUCCAGCUGCAUCACUACCAAGAUGGCAUAAAAGCAGCCAAGAGAAGCCUUCAGGUGGAAAUCCAAACUGCUGUUCAUAAGAUUUACCAGCAGCUGUCAGUCACAUUGGAAAGAGCACUGCAAGCAAACAAACACCACAUAGAAGCCCAGCAGCGUCUCCUGCUGGUGACUGUGUUUGCCCUCAGUGUUCGCUACCAGCCAGUGGAUGUGUCCCUGGCCAUCUCUAGUGGACUGCUCAACGUGCUGUCCCAGCUAUGUGGCACAGAGACCAUGCUGGGUCAGCCCCUCCAGUUGCUGCAGAAACCUGGAGUGUCCCAGCUCAGUACAGCCCUUAAAGUGGCCUCUACACGACUGCUGCAGAUUCUAGCCAUUAGCACCGGAACAUAUGCUGACAAGCUGAGUCCCAAAGUUGUCCAGUCACUCCUGGACUUACUCUGCAGUCAGCUAAAGAACCUGCUGUCUCAGGCAGGAGUUAGUCUCCUCUCUGUUGGGAAAGACCAAGAAGACAAGAAACAUGAAGAUGGGGCUGACUCGGAAAAGAAGGACUUCAGAGCUUUACUGCGAAAACAGCACACAGCAGAGUUGCAUCUUGGGGACUUCUUAGUCUUCCUACGGAGAGUGGUGUCCUCCAAAGCCAUCCAGUCCAAGAUGGCCUCCCCAAAAUGGACUGAAGUGCUGCUCAAUGUUGCUGCACAAAAAUGCUGCUCAGGUGUCCCUCUGGUGGGAAACUUAAGAACUCGCCUUCUAGCACUCCAUGUUUUGGAAGCUGUCUUGCCCGCCUGUGAAGCAAACAUGGAGGAUGACCAGAUGACACAGGUCGUGGAGCGCCUGUUCUCUCUACUGUCUGACUGCAUGUGGGAAGCUCCAGUUGCUCAAGCCAAGCACUCGAUCCAGAUUAAAGAAAAAGUUCAAGAACUCAAAUUACAGGGAGAGGCAGAGGAGGAGGAUGAAAAUCUUCCAAUCCAGGAAGUGUCCUUUGACCCAGAGAAGGCUCAGUGCUGUGUGGUUGAAAAUGGCCAGGGGUUGACACAUGGCAGUGGGGGAAAAGGCUAUGGCCUGGCCUCAACUGGAAUCUCCUCUGGCUGCUACCAGUGGAAGUUUUACAUUGUGAAGGAGAACCGAGGCAAUGAGGGAACAUGCGUUGGAGUUUCACGAUGGCCAGUGCACGACUUCAACCACCGCACCACGUCAGACAUGUGGCUCUAUCGGGCGUACAGUGGCAACCUUUAUCACAAUGGAGAACAAACACUGACACUCAGCAGCUUUACACAGGGAGACUUCAUCACCUGUGUCCUGGACAUGGAGGCCAGAACCAUCUCAUUUGGCAAGAAUGGAGAGGAGCCAAAGUUGGCAUUUGAGGAUGUGGAUGCCACAGAGCUUUAUCCCUGUGUAAUGUUUUACAGCAGCAACCCUGGAGAGAAGGUUAAGAUUUGUGAUAUGCAGAUGCGGGGCACACCUCGAGACCUUUUACCUGGUGACCCAGUCUGCAGCCCCAUGGCCACAGUCCUGGCCGAGGCCACCACACAGCUGAUCCGCAUCUUACAUCGCACUGACCACUGGACCCACCGAAUCAACAAGACCAUGACUGAGCGGCUUCACAAGAUCAAGCCCUGCUUUAAAGAUUCGGCGAGUGCUUCUGGCAGCAGUGGAGGUCAGAGGCUGAAAAAGAGUCGCUCGGUGCAGAGUCGUGAAGAGCAUGACGCUCAGAAAGACAGUCAAGAAGCACCCACGAGACCAGAGGAGGAGAGGGGUCGCCAUGGGCGGCAGCACGGCCUCGGGGAGCUGUCGGAGCACCACCUGAGGACACUGUGCACAGAGGUGUGGCCUGUGUUGGCUGUGAUUGGGGGAGCAGAUGCUGGUCUUCGUGUCGGUGGCCGAUGUGUGCACAAGCAGACAGGUCGACAUGCUACGCUGCUGGGGGUGGUGAAGGAGGGCAGCACUUCAGCCAAGGUGCAGUGGGAUGAGGCAGAGAUCACCAUCAGCUUCCCAACUUUCUGGUCGCCUAGUGACACUCCAUUAUACAACCUGGAACCCUGCGAGCCGCUGCCCUUUGAUGUGGCCCGUUUCCGUGGCCUGACUGCUUCGCUACUGUUAGAUCUGACCUACCUAACCAGCAUCCAUGAGGACACCGCUGCAAAACUCAGCGCACGACGCCACGACAAGAAGCACCGCAAUGCAGCCUCUACGGGUCAUGAGCCCACCAACGCUGAAGAAAAGGCAGAGACUGAUGGACACAGCCGGAGUGAACCAAAGGAUGGUUCAUCUGGUCAGAAUGUCACAUCUGACCUACGCGUUUCCCACAGUCUGGAUGAGGUCAAAGCACAUGCAGCGCCCAACUCCAAGUCAGAGAAUGAAAUCUCCUCUGUGGUUGGGGGCGAGCCUCUGUUCAGUGCAGCGUCUCAAAAUCCUGCUGAGGGGAUCAGGAAGAAGGGCCAUGAGCACGGCUCCCGUAAUCACGAGUCCUGUCCCUCCUCCUCCUCCACCACCCAGUCUGAGAUCCACGCAGUGCAGCUGUCAUACCUCUACCUGGGAGCCAUGAAGGCCCUCAGCGCUCUGCUCAGCUGCAGCAAGUACGCUGAGCUGCUUCUCAUACCAAAGGUGUUACCGGACACAGCGGCCAGCGGGCACAAUGCUGAUCUAAAUGCCGGCACCAGUGGAAGCACAGUCGCCACCUCACCAGUGUGCCAGGAGGAGGUGGAGAUGCGGGCAGCCCUGCAGUUUCUCAUGCGCCAUAUGGUGAAGCGGGCAGUGAUGCGCUCCCCCAUCAAGCGUGCCUUGGGCCUGGCAGAUCUGGAGAGAGCACAGGCCAUGAUCUACAAGUUAGUGGUCAGUGGGCUGUUGGAGGAGCCCUGUGGAGGAAAGACUAAGCCUGGAGUGAGAAGUGAACCAGAGGGUGAGUGUGAAGGUACAGAGGGUGAGCAGUUGGCACAAACCCCAGUCACCACCAGCCCAUCAGCCUCCAGCACCACCUCCUUCAUGAGCUCAUCCCUGGAGGACACCACCACUGCUACCACGCCUGUCACAGACACAGAGACUGUGCCUGCCUCAGAGUCUCCAGGAGUCAUGCCACUCAGCCUCCUCAGGCAAAUGUUCUCCAGCUACCCAACCACCACCCUGGUUCCAACACGUCGAGCCCAGACUCCUCCUGUUUCAUCUCUGCCGACGUCUCCAUCAGAUGAAGUGGGCCGCAGGCAGAGCCUCACCUCUCCUGACUCACAGCCCACCCGACCACAAAACCGAACAGGUACCUCACUAUCAGACCCCAGCAGCAGACUGUCCACAUCUCCCCCUCCACCUGCCAUCGCUGUGCCUCUGCUGGAAAUGGGCUUCUCCCUGCGGCAGAUCACCAAAGCUCUGGAAGCCACUGGUGCUCGAGGAGAAGCUGAUGCUCAGAACAUCACUGUGCUGGCCAUGUGGAUGAUUGAGCAUCCUGGUACAGAGGACGAACAUGACGAGCCUCACCCCAGAGGCAGCAGCGUCAGUGGAGAUGGAUCAGACUCAACCUGUCCAGGAGCAACAGCCUCUGGAGGAGGCAAGUCUCAGGACAGGAGCUCUUACCUGUGCUCUCCUGGAGACAUCGCCAGUGCAGAUGCUUCUGAGAUGGAAGAAGGCUUUAGCGAAAGUCCUGAGGGUCUAGAGCAGGACAGUGCAUCUGCCUCAAGUGGCGCACCACUCAGAGGUCGCUCUGCAGUCGGCAGGAAACACCGCUUUGACCUGGCUGCCCGCACUUUAUUGGCCCGUGCUGCUGGACUGUACCGCUCAGUGCAGGCCCAUCACAGCCAGUCACGACGGGAAGUGUCAUCCCUCCAGCAGCAGCAGCAGCAGGACCCAGGUGCUCUGUAUGACUUCAACCUUGAUGAAGAGUUGGAAAUGGACCUGGAUGAGGAGACAAUGGAGGCCAUGUUUGGCCAGGAUCUCGCCAGCGACACUGACAUUCUGGGAAUGUGGAUCCCGGAGGUACUGGACUGGCCAACAUGGCAUGUAUGUGAGACUGACGAUCGGGAUGAAGUGGUGGUGUGCGAGUUAUGUGAGGCCAAUGUGGCAAACUUCAACCAGCACAUGAAGAAGAGUCAUCCAGGCUGUGGACGCAGUGCCAACCGCCAGGGUUACCGCAGCAACGGCUCCUACGUGGACGGCUGGUUUGGAGGAGAGUGUGGCAGUGGAAACCCGUAUUACCUGCUAUGUGGAGGAUGCAGAGAGAAGUACUUAGCCAUUAAAAGCAAGGCCAAGGUCCCCAUAGUAGAGAGGUAUAAGGGACAGGCUCCAGAUCUCCUGGGAAAGCAGGACAGUGUUUAUGAAGAGGACUGGGACAUGCUGGAUGUUGAUGAAGAUGAGAAGCUCACAGGUGAGGAAGAAUUUGAGCUUCUGGCCGGUCCGUUGGGUUUGAGCGAACGCCGGAUAGUACCAGAAGCCGUCCAGUUCCCUGACAGUGACCCACUGGGUGCCUCAGUAGCCAUGGUGACGGCCACAAACAGUAUGGAGGAGACACUGCUGCAGAUAGGCUGUCAGACGUCAGUGGAUAAGAGCUCAUCGGGCAGGGUGACCCUCGGGGAGCAGGCAGCAGCCCUGCAGAACCCCCAUGACCGAGUGAUGGCCCUCAGGAGGGUCACAGCUGCUGCCCAGGUUCUGCUGGCCCGGACCAUGGUGAUGAGAGCACUGUCACUGCUGUCUGUCAGUGGCUCUAGUUGCAGUCUCGCUGCAGGACUCGAGUCUCUGGGCCUGACUGACAUCAGGACUCUGGUCAGAUUGAUGUGUCUGGCUGCAGCCGGUCGAGCAGGUCUUUCCACAAGUCCUACGUCAGGCUCUGGCCAUGCUGAGAGGCCUCGUGGGGCUGCCAAGGCCAGCAAACCCAUCUCCUGUCUGGCUUACCUCAGCACAGCAGUGGGCUGCUUGGCCUCCAACAGUCCCAACGCUGCAAAGCUACUAGUGCAGCUCUGCACUCAGAACCUGAUCUCUGCAGCUACAGGUAUGAACCUGACCACAGUGGAUGACCCCAUCCAGAGGAAGUUCCUACCCAGCUUCCUGCGUGGUGUCGCUGAGGAGAAUAAACUUGUCACCUCGCCAAAUUUCGUGGUCACUCAGGCUCUGGUGGCCCUUCUGGCAGAUAAAGGAGCCAGGCUCAGGCCAGCUUACGACAAGGCUGAUAUGGAGAAAAGAGGUCUAAUUGCGCAUUUAUAUGCCCAUCCUUCCCAUAAUCCUUCCGCUGUAGGCCCUCUGGAGUUGGCCAACGCUCUGGCGGCUUGCUGCCUAUCAUCUAGGCUUUCCUCACAGCACCGCCAGUGGGCUGCCCAGCAGCUGGUCCGCACUCUUGCUGCCCACGACCGCGACAACAACCAGAACCGACCGCAGACUUUCGCCGACAUGGCGGGGGACCUGCGGAAGUGCUCCUUCAUCAAGCUGGAAGCCCAUCAGAGCAGGGUCAUCACAUGCGGUUGGUGCAGUAAGAAAGGCCUGCUGGCAACCAGUGGCAAUGACGGGACAGUCAGAGUGUGGAAUGUAACCAAAAACCAGUACACCCUCCAGCAAACCUGUAUCUUCAACAAGGAUGAUGGUUCUUCAGAGGAGGCAAUGUCAGGCUUGGGAUCCCCCAGUGAUCCUUGCAUGUCUCCUCUGGCCUGGAGUGUGACUGGAAAAUACCUGGCCUCCGCUAUGGAGAAAAUGGUCAACAUCUGGCAAGUCAAUGGGGGUAAGGGUCUUUUGGACGUGCAGCCUCACUGGGUGUCUGCAUUGGCAUGGCCUAAGGAGGAGGCAGAGUCUUUGUGGUGUGGCGAGCCUAAAGACAUGCUGCUGGUGGGACGAAUGGAUGGUUCCCUGGGCCUCAUUGAAGUUCUGGAUUCGUCCAGUAUGCAUCGAACUGAGCUGGAGCACUGCUACAGGAAAGAUGUGGCAGUGAUGCAUAUAGCCUGGUACAGUGAAGACAAGCCUUUUGCUGUUGGCUAUGCAGAUGGCAAACUGCUGAUAGGAUCCAAAGAGCCCUUAGAAAAAGGAGCUAUUGUGGUCAUUGAUGCACAUAAGGAGUCAAUCACCAGUAUGAAGUGGAGUCCUACUGGUCAGAUUUUACUGACCUGUGCCAAAGAGGAGACUGUGAAGCUGUGGGCCAGUCCUUACUCCCAGUGUGACUUGGGCUCUGGCUGGCGCUGCCUGCAGAGCCUUAGACACCCGUCACUAGUUAACGGUGUGGCCUGGUGCAACCUACCUGGACGUGGGCCCAAGACACUCAGCAUGCUUGCCAUAUGCUGCCAGAAUGGUCUGGUUUCAGUCUGGACUGUUCCUCAGGACAUCUCUAACUUCCCAGAAUCAUGUCCUUAUGACUCAGAAGGAUGGUGGGAGAAUGACGCAAAACUAAAAUAUGUGUCUUCCCAGUGGUCAGAAGAUGGAGCGAUGUGUGUUUUCCAGCUGAAGGGCCACAUCACCCCAGUCAGAACACUGGCCUUCAGCCCUGAUGGUCUGGCUCUGGCAUCUGGAGGAGUAGGAGGUCUCAUGAACAUCUGGUCCCUGCGGGAUGGCUCGGUUCUCCAGACAGUAGUAGCUGGUUCAGGGGCAAUCCAGAACAUAGUCUGGAUCCCAGAUGUGGGUGUAGCUGUCUGCUCCAACAGGUCUAAGGAUGUGCUGGUGGUGAACUGCUCCAAAGAAUUCAUGUCAUCCAAUCAUGUGCUAGCCACAUGUCGCACAGCUCUGAAGAAGCAGGGAGUAGUUGGUCUCAAUAUGGCGCCCUGCAUGAGGGCCUUCCUGGAGAGACUGCCUGUCAUGCUGCAGGAGCAGUACGCCUAUGAGAAGCCCCACGUGGUCUGUGGGGAACAGCUCGUCCACAGCCCGUACAUGCAGUGUUUGGCCUCCCUGGCUGUGGGUCUGCACCUGGACCACCUCCUGUGUCACCCCCCAGUGCCUCCUCACCUCCGACACUGCCCUAUAGACUCUGGCACAGCUGUGUGGAGCAUCAGUGAGUGGGCCUGGUUGGACUGUUUUUCCACCACAGUGAAGGCGGCUGAGGCUCUAGCACGAGGAGCGACCUUCCCUGAGUCUUUCUCUGUUCCAGAUCUGGAGCCUGUGCCCAAAGAUGAGAUGGCUCUGCUCAUGGAUAACAGUAAAUGGGCAUCUGGGAUGGAUGAACAGAUCAUGUCCUGGGCCACAUCUAGACCAGAGGACUGGCAUCUUGGAGGGAAGUGUGAUGUAUAUUUGUGGGGAGCUGGGCGCCAUGGCCAGUUAGCAGAGGCUGGCAGAAACAUCCUAGUGCCAACCACUGCACCUUCCUUUUCUCAGGCACAACAGGUGGUGUGUGGACAGAACUGUACCUUUGUCAUUCAGCCUAAUGGGACGGUGUUGGCUUGUGGAGAAGGCAGCUACGGCCGCCUGGGACAGGGCAACUCUGACGACCUGCACGUCCUCACUGUCAUCUCAGCGCUUCAAGGUUUUGUUGUGACUCAGCUGGUGACGUCAUGUGGCAGUGAUGGUCACUCCAUGGCUCUGACGGAGAGUGGCGAGGUGUUCAGCUGGGGGGAUGGAGACUAUGGAAAGCUGGGCCAUGGAAACAGUGACCGCCAGCGUCGACCCAGACAGAUUGAAGCAUUGCAGGGAGAGGAAGUUGUUCAGAUGUCAUGUGGGUUCAAACAUUCAGCGGUUGUAACAGCUGAUGGGAAGCUUUUCACAUUUGGAAAUGGUGAUUAUGGCAGACUUGGUCUAGGAAACACUUCCAACAAGAAGCUACCAGAAAAGGUCACUGCUCUGGAGGGCUAUCAAGUCGGUCAGGUGGCUUGUGGUUUGAACCACACAUUAGUCGUCUCAGCUGAUGGUAUGAUGGUUUGGGCUUUUGGGGAUGGAGACUAUGGAAAACUAGGCCUUGGAAACUCCACAGCCAAGUCCUCACCUCAGAAAGUGGACGUUCUAUGUGGAAUUGGCAUCAAAAAAGUGGCCUGUGGAACACAGUUCUCUGUGGCUUUAACCAAAGACGGCAAAGUUUUCACUUUUGGCCAAGAUCGUUUAAUUGGCCUACCAGAGGGCCGCGCCCGGAACCACAACCGGCCCCAGCAGGUGCCGGCUCUGUCAGGGGUCCACAUCCAGGAUGUCGCUGUGGGAGCUGAACACUCUUUGGUGCUGUCUUCCACUGGAGACGUUUACACCUGGGGCAGUAACUCCGAGGGACAGCUGGGUCUAGGCCACACUAACCACGUGAGGGAACCUACACUGGUGACGGCGCUGCAGGGUAAAAACAUCCACCAGAUCUCCGCCGGACGCUGCCACAGCGCGGCGUGGACGGCUCCUUGUGUGCCACCACGAGCUCCAGGUUCAUCUGUUCCUCUGCAGCUCGGUCUCCCUGUAGCAGUACCUCCUCAGUACAACGGCCUCAAAGAGGUGAGCAUCGAGGCCGUGAGGGCCCGCCUCCGCCUCCUCUACCACUUCUCCGAUCUCAUGUACUCCUCCUGGAGACUGCUCAACCUCAGCCCCAACAACCAGAGCUGUACAUCCCACUACAAUGCUGGCACAUGGGGGAUCGUUCAGGGACAGUUAAGGCCCCUGUUGGCUCCCAGAGUUUACACGUUACCCAUGGUGCGUUCCAUAGGAAAGACCAUGGUACAGGGCAAGAACUACGGCCCCCAGAUCACCGUCAAACGGAUCUCCACUCGGGGACGGAAGUGUAAACCAAUCUUUGUGCAGAUUGCCCGUCAGGUCGUUAAACUGAAUGCCUCAGAUCUGCGGCUUCCCUCAAGAGCCUGGAAAGUCAAACUGGUGGGGGAGGGGGCCGACGAUGCAGGGGGCGUCUUUGAUGAUACAAUUACAGAGAUGUGUCAGGAGCUGGAGACUGGAGUGGUAGAUCUGCUCAUUCCCUCCCCAAACGCCACAGCUGAGGUCGGCUACAACAGAGACAGGUUCCUCCUGAACCCAUCCGCAUGCCUGGAUGAACACAUGCUCCAGUUCAAGUUCCUGGGCAUCCUGAUGGGCGUGGCCAUUCGCACCAAGAAACCCCUGGACCUCCACUUGGCCCCCCUGGUGUGGAAACAGCUGUGCUGCAUCCCCCUGAUGUUGGAGGAUCUGGAGGAGGUGGACCUGCUGUACGUGCAGACGCUCAAAAGCAUUCUGUACAUCGAAGACAGUGGCAUCACUGAGGACAACUUCCACGAGAUGAUUCCUCUGGAUUCGUUCGUCGGGCAGAGUGCAGAUGGGAAGAUGGUGCCAAUCAUUCCAGGAGGAAACAGCAUCCCUCUGACGUUCUCCAACAGGAAGGAAUACGUGGAGAGAGCUAUUGAGUACAGGCUGCAUGAAAUCGAUCGACAAGUGGCGGCGGUGCGUGAAGGCAUGUCGUGGAUCGUUCCAGUUCCGCUGCUGUCUCUGCUAACGGCGAAGCAGCUGGAGCAGAUGGUGUGCGGGAUGCCUGAGAUCUGCUGCGACGUGUUGAAAAAGGUGGUGCGCUACCGGGAGGUGGACGAGCAGCACUCCCUGGUGCAGUGGUUCUGGCAGACUCUGGAGGAGUUCUCCAACGAGGAGCGAGUCCUCUUCAUGCGCUUCGUGUCCGGACGCUCCCGGCUGCCUGCCAACACUGCCGACAUCUCCCAGAGGUUUCAGAUUAUGAAGGUGGACAGGCCGUACGACAGCCUGCCAACCUCCCAGACCUGCUUCUUCCAGCUGCGUCUGCCUCCGUACUCCAGCCAGGCCGUGAUGGCCGAGAGGCUGCGCUACGCCAUCAACAACUGCCGCUCCAUCGACAUGGACAACUACAUGCUGUCUCGCAACGUGGACAACGCAGAGGGCUCCGACACGGACUACUGACACGGACGGCUCCACACCCACGCACACCGUAAAGAAAAACGAUGGAGUCCUGAGAUAAACGGACACGGACCGUCGCACCUGAACGCCUCACACACAAACAAAACACAAAAACAGAUGCACCGUCGUCACCGCAUCAGACGAAGGAAAUGUCAGCAGACAGGCCACUUUUUACAUCAUUUUAUGUACUCGGAAACAGAACACAUUCAGCGUUUUCAUUUCUCCUGGUGGUUUAUUAGCAGUUUUUAAAGACACAACAAUCCACAUGAGAAGUGCAUUUAGUGCUUUUUUUUUCAUGACUCCACAUCCCAUUUUCAGGGUUUCUGCAUGGAGGUAUGUUUAUUUGUUUGAAAAACGUGUAUAGAAUAUUGAAGCUGAGGCGUGUGGGUUUAAAAAAAAAAAAAAAAAAUGUACAUUGUGUAAAAUGCUUCAUUAGGAAAAUGUUUUGCAUAAUAUCCAUAUUUAUUGUUUUCAUUGCCUAUGCCGAGUUUCCCAAAGCAUACAAACAACAACAAUAAUAAAUGCUGCACAAUUCA